AGUGCGUAAUUUUCACUAUUAGGGAAUAAAAAAAAGCAGAUACAAGCGUUUUGUGCCUUUCGACGUAAGGUGCUUGGUACAGUGCUGUUUUAUACGGUAGUGUUUAGUGAAAGUUGUGUCGGUUUGAAACGUAAAGUGACUUAAAGUCGCAUCAUCAUGAGUGAAAAACAGGACCCUCAAAAUGGCGAUCACCAGAACGGCCGUAAUGACGAUGAUGAGAUUCGGGAGCCUGAACAUCUUCGAAAACUGUUUAUCGGCGGUCUGGAUUACCGCACUACCGAUGAUACGCUGAAGGCGUACUUUGAGAAAUGGGGCAAAGUAGUUGAUGUGGUAGUUAUGAAAGACCCGAAAACCAAACGUAGUCGUGGUUUCGGAUUCAUUACUUAUUCGAAAUCGUACAUGAUCGACGAUGCCCAAGCAAGCCGUCCCCAUAAGAUUGAUGGUCGCGUGGUAGAGCCCAAGCGUGCCGUUCCGCGCCAGGAUAUUAACCGCCCGGAAGCGGGAUCAUCGGUAAAGAAGCUAUUUGUCGGCGGACUGCGCGAUGAUUUCGAUGAGGAACAUCUCCGUGAAUAUUUUUCCAAGUAUGGAAAUGUAAUAUCUGCCUGUAUUGUAACCGACAAGGAUAAUGGCAAAAAGCGCGGAUUUGGCUUCGUCGAGUUCGACGACUACGAUCCCGUGGACAAGAUAAUCUUACAAAAGAGCCACACUAUUCAGAAUAAAUUGUUGGAUGUCAAAAAAGCAUUGCCAAAGCAAGAUAUGGACCGGUACAAGAACGAUAUGGGUCGUACCGGCGGUGGUGGUGGGGGCGGCGGCGGUGGUGGCAGCGCUUGGGGUAACCAGCGCGGUGGUGGUGGUGGCGGUGGCGGCUGGAACAGCCAGCGUGGUAGUGGUGGUGGCGGCUGGGGCAACCAGCGUGGUGGAGCCGCAAAUGAUUGGAACAACGGAGGUUUCAAUAAUGGUGGUGGUUUUAAUAACGGCGGCUUCAACAAUGGUGGCAACAACUGGAACAACGGCGGUGGCAAUCCGUGGGAUAACGGAUGUGGCUCGCAGGGUCAGGGCGGCUGGGGCAACAAUGGUGGCAAUUGGGGCGGCAACAGUGGCGGAGGAGGUGGCGGUUGGGGUGGCAAUGAAUUUGGGAAUAACUACCAGCAGGGCUACAACGCUGGUCCAGUUCGUGCUGGCGGCAAUUUCAACCAGCGAGCGGCGCCCUACGGUACCGACGGUAGCUACUAUGGCGCGUACUAGUCGAUAGCUAACCGAUUAACUUGCGUUUCCAGGCAACCAAGGUGCUGGUGGCAGCGGAAGAUACGGCACUAGCCGUAGAUAUUGAUAAGAUCUUGAAGGAAAUUGGAUAUCAGAUGAGAUUGAAAAUGUAAGAAUGCCACAUGCUUUGCUAUCUACAACUGUUUUUUUUCCGUUGUGCAUAUUUUGAAACUUUGACUGCUUAAGCUAUGUUACCCUCUUUCAACUUUUGGGCACUCGCCAUAACCAACCGUUUUGAAUUCUGUUCCCCUUCACUAUUUCGUUCGUUCACCGUGUUCGACCUAUAAAACCUCAGCACCUAAUGUUGCCCCGCUGCCGCCCAUUUGUAUCGAUAAUGGAAUGCUCUCGUAUAUGUUUCUUGUGCCAUUGUCAACAGCGUAGUAUCGUCACCGCAUGCAACAAUUCCGGCGAAGGUACAAAACAAAGUUUAACAAAAGCUAGCUAAAACCAAUACAUUACAUACCAAUCACAAAGAGAGAAACGUACUCAGGCAAGAUCAGUGUGUAAUGGCAGUUACAUAAAACAGAGGCAUUACCGUAAGGGCUCGAUGGGAGACAGUCAAUCAAAAGGUACAUUCUGUAGGCCACCCAGCAGCACAGAAGCAACAGGAAGGAGUGCAGGUGCGCGCACACGAGAUGAAGGAGAGUCACGAGAUAUUGAGUAGUGGAGAAGGUAUCGCAUUCAGUUGCCAGGAUCAGCUCCACCUGUAUCUGUAGACUAAACGCAUAACCCAGCAACAGCAGGCGCAACCCUUCCUUCCCACGUCAGUUUGAGCGGUUUCUUCAGGCCAUCGUUCUUAAAAGGUGUGGUUUACAUAGAAAACGCCACACUACCCGAAGAAGGAAGCUAACGAGAAUUCAGUGCACACAGGGACAGUCGUAGCGGCGAUAGCGUAUUAGCAAUAGAUACAAGAGAAUGGCAUUUGAAUCCAAAUUGAUUUCUCUAGUAUUUGCUACAAUGAAAUGAUAAUAGUAAAUCUAUAAGCAUCGUUGUAAGCAAGUGUUCCCCUUCCUCUAAUUUUGCUAUGGCACGGGGUACUGAUAGUUUUACAAGACCUGGUCUAUCGAUCGAAGAAAGGUUCAUUGAUCAUACAUAAUUUACGAGUGAUAGACAAAAAGACGCAUAUACCUUUUAUUUUUAGUCCUCAAUUUUGCAAUCGACCAAACAAUGGUCUUAAAUGUGAGGAAUAAAUAAUAAUAGAACUACAUCGCAUUCUAUGUGGUUUCAUAUAACAACAAAACCACAUCAUUGAAACAGGUUAGAUCUCGCUGUAUAUCCUAGAUCCGCAAAGUAUAUCCGUAAUAGCCCCUUGAAUCUUGCGACAAAUCUGAGAAACAAAUAGCAAGCAACAUAUAUUUAUUAAUUAUUAAUGUGUAGAUGUACGCAAAUUGCAAAUGUUUAGAGAUUAAGUAAAUCGAUACGAAUUUUAGUUUUCUUUUUCAAGUAAACUUUACAAAAUUUUAUACAUGCCAACCACACUUAAAUACACACAAACACAAAUUGGAAUUAUCCUUAUUUAUCAACAUGAGGAUAUUUGUCUACAAAAUUUCCAACUCAGCAGAAACAAAGAUACAAUGAAGGAUCCUAUUUCUAUACGGUCAUGCAUCGCUAGAUUUAAACAGAAAGAGAGCAAGUAAGAGAGAGAGAGAGAGAGAGAGAGAGAGAGCUGAGAAGAGUUAAAUAAUUGAUGUAAUAAAUCGUGAAGUACAACUCAAGUGCAAAAAGCCGAUUUGAGUAGGAAAGAAUAAUAUAAAGUUGAACGAAAUUGUCCAGGAUAAUAACAUGACCAGGGAAAAUCCUGCUAAGAAAGAAGAAUAGGUAUGGCAAGUACUGAUCUAACCAUUAGUAAUUUCUCAAAACGUGUAAAUAGAUAAUUGUAUUUUUGUUUCGUAAGGUAUAUUAUGAGUUUUGUAUGUCAUCGAGAUAAUCGCAUUUGCAUUUUCUGCAAUAUAGGGAUUGACCAAAACCAAUAGGGUAAUGUAAUGUUUCCAGGUUUUUGACAGAAAGUAUAUAUUUCAUUAUGGAAAAGCAUGUUUGUCAUGGAAGGACCAAAUUUUGUUUCCUUUAGAAUUAGUUUCACCGGUUCAUAAUUAAUUUCAGCAGUCCAUACUGUUAAAUCAUACAGAUUAUUUAGUAUUUACAAUCCAACUCCAAGUGACUUUCUUGAGAAGAUCAAUAGAAAUUUCAAAUGGUCGUAAAGAACAUAGCAUGAUUGCAGAGCGUAUACUUCAAAAAUAUUCAAAAUAACUUGCUAAAACCACUGCUUAUCGAUUAAAUUUGUUUGUUUUCUAUUUGAUGUAUCUAACUAUUCAAUUAUGAACCCCCGUAGCAAGAGGAGGAAUUAGGGAACACGGAAAUAUUACUUCAACACAUAUAUUGAUGAGAGUAAGAUUACGUCGCAGUAAAAACAAAUAAAUUAGAAAAGAGAAUAGUUUCGUCCAUAUCUAUUUUGCAUUUUAAAUAUCUUUUCUAUUGUUAUUUUCACGCACUGUGCUCUUGUCUGCAGAUAGCUUCAGGUUAAGCAAUUUUCGUAACGGGAAGGUACUGCUGAAAGUGUAAAGAAAGUAAGAUGUGCAGGUGUUCAUCGGAAUAUUGGAUCACGAACAGAGAAAAUGCUGCGAGUUUUGUGUGUUUAGUUUGCGUGUGGGAAUAGAUGAAAGUAAAGGGUUUUCAACUAAAGGCCUGUCACUCCUACUGCAGCUGUAAUAUAAAGGUUUGUACAGGUAAAAGAAGCAUAUUAUCGGAAAGGAGGAAAAAUGUUGUGGAGACCAGCACAGGAUAACGAACCGCAGGGCUGCAGGGUGGCAGUAUUGUUGGUUAUUUUCAGCACAGAAUCUUGCUGUGCAUUCGUGUUAGUUCGUGUUAGCCUUCUAAAAGGAGAGUUCGAGCAUUUGUACUCAGGAUGGAAGUUGUUUUGGCGAGCCAAUUUUUUAUUAUUCGGAUAUUCGGAAAUGGUGCCAGGUAGACGAAGAUGCCUGGUUAAUUAUUUGAUGUUAUCAAAAUGCUUCAAAGAGUGAAUGCUUUCUCUCUAAUUUUUUACAUUUCCUUCCUGUGUUGCAGUUAAUCCUUC